AACUCCCUCCCCUCCCAUCCUGAGAGAUAUUAUGAGCGGCCAUAAAAGAUAUCAUUCUCAACAUGGCUGCUGAUGGACUCUGCUUCCUCUCCGAAAUCUGAAAGCAAAUUUGACCAUUCAUACGAAGAUGAAAGCUUUGCAACAGCAGAAGGAACUAUAGGAGCUGAUACUAGAAGCUCCCCUUUUGUUUGGAGAAGACAAGAAAGUAUAUUUCUAGCAGAAUCUUCGACGUCUUCAGAAGACAUUCAAACAAUUUGCACUGAAAGGUGUGAAACGACUCCAGUCACAACUGAAAAUGAAUCAGCGAAUACAAUAACAGAAGAAGCUGAUUAUUCUGAUGAGUUUGAAUCAUUCGCCGAUUUAAGCGAGGGGGUGUUUACAGUACAAGAUAAAGACGGCAGUGGGACAAAAGAGGACGAAGUACGGGCAAAUUUCUUAAGUAAAAAGUUUGCAAUUCUCACCUCAAGCCAGACAAGAAGUAAGACACAGACUAACACCGGGGAUUUUGUGACGCGUCCGGCUGCAACGCAGGUUAAGACUGAUGCGCAGAGAAGAAAUGACAAAAAAGUUGAUGGCCACAAAUGUCAGGAAAUCAACUUCUGUGCAAGGAAGUUGGAAAUAGUGGAAGGAGAUGUAAAGAAAACUGGAAAAGGACACGCUGAGCAGAGAAUGAUGGCAACAGCAAAAGGAAUACCACAUGGAGGUGAUAAACCCAUUGGGGGUAACAGAAGAAAGAUUGAAGAUUUGAUGAUUGAGAACCUGAUGAACAAAGCAGAAAAGCUUAAAGAAUUGGACUUCCACAAACCCAAAUACUGCACUAACUGCAGGAAAAUGAAGGCUAGUGUUGCAAGUAAGACUUUUUUAAAAAGAAAGGUGGAAAUAGCAAAGCCAGCUGAAUUUGAAGAGAGACUAGAGUUACAUUUGUAUCACAAGGAUUCUGCUACCCUCCUUGCUGAGAUAGUGAAUUCUUGUACAAAGCCUUCUGAUUCCCCAAGUGAAGUUUGGGAAAAAGUACUUUGUAAAGGAAGAAAAACACAAUAACUGGUGUAAUUCUAAUAAUUUGACUCAUAUAAUUUGUGUCAAGCUCCCAGCCAGUGGAGCUGAGUAAUAAAAUAUGCAAGUGAAAAUCUGCAGGGUUAUGUUGAAAAGGACAUUAGACCUGUCUCACUGAUGUGUCAGGUUGCUAAAGUGAUGGAAAACUUCACUUUGGCUAGAUUACUGCCUGUAUUAGUUGACAAACUUGACCUUAAACAAUUUGCUCUAUCCGGCAGAUCGACCACUCAAGCGAUAGUGUACUUACUCCAUCUUGCACUAGGUGUGCUAGAUAAAGGGAACUGUGCGUUGAGUUUUUUUUUUUUUUGCAGAUUUUAAAAAGGGUUUUGAUCUUAUAGAUCAUCAAAUCUUGCUUCGUAAGCUCUCGGGUUUUGGUUUACAUCUCUCCUUGGUGAGGUGGGUAGCCGCCUUUUUACAAGGCAGAUGUCAGCAUGUCCAGCUCGCAAAUGUGUCGUCAGCUAGUAAAUCCCUGAAUGGUGGAAUUCCCCAGGGGACUAAGCUGAGUCCCAUUUUGUUUGCCGUUAUGGUAGACAAUCUGGUACACUCUUGGGGUCCUAGAAUUAAAUACGUAGAUGAUCUAACAAUAUUGGAGGUAAUUCCUUGCAAUUCCCCAUCUGUAAUGAAACCUGUUGUAAAUGACAUUAACAGCUUCGCUCAUAAUAACAACAUGCAGUUGAACCUUAAUAAGUGCAAGCUGAUGCGGGUCAAUUUUUUGCGUUAUAAUAGUUGCUACAGUUGGCCAAUAGCAGGAGGAGGCUCUGCUAUUGAAUUGGUAGAAUCAUUCAAGGUCCUUGGGGUGUAUAUUCUAUGGACCUCAGUUGGUCAACUCAUUGUGACUAUAUAAUAAAGAAAGCAAACUGUCGCCUCUAUGCUCUUAGAAAAUUGAAAGCUUGUGGGGUACAAGAUGGGGAGUUGAUGGCUGUGUACUGCUCCCUGCUAAGACCUGUCCUAGAGUAUACAUCGGUAGUUUUAGCAAACUUACCGCAGUAUCUCUGCUUGGUGAUUGAAAGAGUACAAAAGAGAGCCUUGUAAAUCAUCUUUGGUCCUGACUUGAGCUACGAGGACGCCCUCAUGCGUGCCAGGCUUCUGUCUCUAGAGGCUAGACGUCAUCUGACAUACAAGAAAUUUGUGGCAGACAUUAUGCACACAAGCCCGCUUUAUCCCCUAAUUUCUAACAGGGUCAUUUGGUCGCAAACCUCGUAUUCGCUGAGGUCGGGACAAUCGCGUCAUGUGCUAUGUGGCCGAACUGACUGUUUCUUAGAGUUCGCAUCAGUUAAAUAUGCUUCGUAUAUUAACAGUGUGUAGUUAUGCGCAUUCAUUUUCUGCUACAUUGUUACUAUACUAUAUUUAUAUUUAUAUAAUUACACGUAAAAUACAUACACAUAUAUUUG